AGUAGAUAUUUUUAUUUAAUUAUUAGGCAGGUAAUUAUUAAUAUUGAUAUAAUAUAAAUUAUUAGUCAUUUURUAAAAAUAACAUUGCAAUUUGCAUAGUAUAUUUCAUAAUACUCACAACUAGAUUUUUAUUUUUGCCUUUACAAAGCCUUCAUAGAUUGAGUAGUUGCAAUGGCAAAUUGUAAAAAUCAAUGUGGACCCGGUUACAAAAGUCCCUUAGAUGCAUAUAUUAAUGGCAAACGUGAAACAAUUUUGUAUACUAUUUGUAUUCAACCAAAUGCAUUAACAAAAAAAAAAUCAGAUUAUUUGGCCACUAUUGAUGUGGACCCAAAUAGUCCUACAUAUUCUCAAGUAAUCUUUAGGACAAGCGUAGAACAUAUUGGUGAUGAACUACAUCAUUUUGGAUGGAACACUUGUAGUAGUUGUUACGACGAUUGUACAAAAAGCCGAAAUAAAAUUAUUUUGCCUUCUUUAGGAUCAGAUCGAAUUUACAUUUUGGAUGUAACAGAUGUAAAAGCUCCUAAAUUACAUAAGACUAUUGAACCAAGUGAAGUCCAUGCUUUAAAUGUAUCAACUUUACAUACAACUCAUUGCUUACCUAAUGGCAAUGUUAUGAUUUCAACGAUGGGCGAUGCUGAUGGUAAUGGGAAAGGUGAUUUUUUAUUGAUAGAUGCUGAAAAAGGAGUAAUUAAAGAAACAUGGACAAAAGGUGACACUGCAAAAUUUGGAUAUGACUUUUGGUAUCAACCAUACUGGAAUGUUUUAGUAUCAUCUGAAUGGGGAACACCUAAAGACUUCAAAACUGGUUUUAUUGCUGAUCAUAUUAACGACAUUGAGAAAUAUGGAAGGUCCAUUAAUUUUUAUUCUUGGUCUGAGAGAAAAUUAUUGCAGACUAUUGAUUUGGGUAUUGAUGGCAUAGCUCCUUUAGAAAUACGAUUCUUACACAAUCCUAAAGCAUCAGAAGGAUUUGUUGGUUGUGCAGUAAAUAGCACCAUUUUUAGAUUUUUUCGCACUGAUGAUGGUACCUGGGAAUCCGAAAAAGUGAUAUCCGUGCCUAAGAAAACUGUAAAGGRUUCUAAUGGAUUAAAUGAAAUUUCCGGYAUGAUCACAGAUAUUCUGAUAUCAUUGGAUGAUAAAUAUCUAUAUUUUUCUAAUUGGUUGCACGGAGAUGUCAGGCAGUAUGAUAUAACAAAUACCAGCAAGCCUAAACUAGUUGGCCAAAUAUUUUUAGGCGGACAAUUGUUGAAAGAUGGAUUAUUAACUGUUGUAAAAGACUCUGAGCUCAAUGAACAACCUGAACCUGUAUAUAUCAAAGAAAGACGUUUAUUUGGUUCACCUCAAAUGCUCCAGUUAAGCUUAGAUGGAAAAAGGCUAUAUGUAACUACUUCUUUAUUUACGCCAUGGGAUAAACAGUUUUAUCCAGAAUCGGUGAWACAUGGAUCUACAUUAGUCAAACUUGAUGUGGAUACUAUUAAAGGAGGCUUAUCUUUGGAUCAGGAUUUUUUAGUAGAUUUUGGAAAAGAACCCGAUGGUCCUAUCAUGGCACAUGAAACAAGGUAUCCAGGAGGUGAUUGUACUUCAGAUAUUUGGUUGCGAAUUUGUCGAAUCAUGAGAUCUGUGAGUCUGUGA